AGGGGCGGGGCCGAGGGGCGCCCCCCCGCGGACGGAGCGCGCGCGCGGCGCUGGACGCCUCGUGCCGGGAUGGGGCUGGACGGAGCCUACGCGCAGCUGGACCCUCUGGAGCCGCGGGCGGCGCCGCCCCCCAAGCGCCCCACCGGCGCCGCGCUCUUCGCCGGCCUCUCCAUCCUCUUCCUCCUCACCUUCCUCCUCCUCCUCCGCCUCCGCCUCCGCCCCGAUGCCACCACCACCGACACCGACAUCGCCUGUGAGAACACCUGCAGGAUCGUGCUGGUGGAGAGCGUCCCCGAGGGGCUGGAGCUGCGCCCCCCGGCCGGGCCCGGCACGGCCCAGACGUGGCUGGAGCUGGUGGCCACGGCCCGGCACAGCCUGGACAUCGCCUCCUUCUACUGGACACUGACCAACGGCGACACGCGCACGCACGAGCCCAGCGCCCUCCAGGGCGAGCGUGUCCUGGCGGAGCUGCUGCGGCUGCCGGGCCGCGGCGUGGCGGUGCGCGUGGCGGUCAGCGCGCCCUCGCCGGCGGCGCCGACGGACGACCUGCGGGCGCUGGAGCGCAGCGGGGCGGCCGUGCGCGCCGUGGAUCUGCCGCGCCUCACCGGCGGCGUGCUGCACACCAAGUUCUGGCUGGUGGACGGCGUCCAUCUCUACCUCGGCAGCGCCAACAUGGACUGGAGGGCCCUGACGCAGGUGAAGGAGCUCGGAGCCGCCAUCUACAACUGCAGCUGCUUGGCCAAAGAUUUGGGCAAAAUCUUCGAGGCCUACUGGGCCCUGGGCGUUCCCGGCGCGUCCAUCCCGGCGCCGUGGCCGGACAAUUUCUCCACCUCCAUCAACGCCGCGACGCCGCUGGAGACGACGCUCAACGACACCGCGGCCGCCGUCUACUUCUCGAGCUCCCCGCCGCCGCUCUGCGCCGCCGGCCGCACCGGCGACCUGGAGGCGCUGCUGGGCGUGGUGGACGGCGCCGAGGAGUUCGUGGACGUGGCGGUGAUGAGUUACGUGGUGGGCACCGAGUUCUCGCGGCCGCGGCGCUUCUGGCCGGCCAUCGACGAGCGGCUGCGGCGCGCCGUGGUGGAGCGCGGCGUGCGGCUGCGGCUGCUGGCCGGCUGCUGGCCCCACAGCCGCGCCGAGAUGUUCCCCUCCCUGCGCUCGCUGGCCGCCCUCGCCGACAACCGCACCGGCUUCGGCGUCGAGGUGCGGCUGUUCGUGGUGCCGGCCAGCGCGGCGCAGAGCCGGAUCCCCUUCGCCCGCGUCAGCCACGCCAAGUUCAUGGUCACCGACAAGGCCGCCUACGUCGGCACAUCCAACUGGUCGGGGGAUUACUUUGAGCGCACGGCGGGCGCGGCGCUGGUGGUGGCGCAGCCGGGGGCCGGCGCGGGCUCGUUCCGGCAGCGGCUCCGCGACGUUUUCGAGCGGGACUGGAGCUCCGGGUACAGCGUGGACAUCGCCGAGGCCGAGCGCUGGAGCGGCCGCUGCGGGUCCCCCUAACGCCACCGGCACCGGGGCGGCGCUUUUGGGGUGAAAAUCAAAGAAAUGGGUUUGCGGA